AAAUGCAACGCACCACUGCCCAGUCGAGUCUAAGGAGAUAGCGAUCUCCAUCACUACCUGCCGCAACUAUGAAUGGAUCGCCCACAUUCACGACAUCUUUGAUCACCCCGAAUUGUCGGAUGAUGCCAGGGACGCUGCCCUCGACGAGCUCGGCUAUACCGCAAGGUUGGCCCGCAGGCUGUUGGUGGACGGACAAGGAACAAUCGAUCCUACUAUUCCCUUUUCAUUCGAACCCAAACGCAUCCACGGUCUCAUCUAUUACAAGACUGAUGGUUCUACCGAUCCCCACUUGCGUCUCCUUAUGGCCUGGGAUGUUGCCCUAAAGUCAGAGUGUCGUGGAGUAGACCCUCUUGAGGUAGCGGAGAAUGCGGGCAAAAUCAUUCCAGAGGAUGCGAGAGAAAAGUAUGAUCAGAAAAAGGCCGACUAUUGGAGCGACCGUUUUAUCAAGAACGUCCUCAACGUCUUUGAAGAAACUUCCCAAGUGAAGGCGGUCAUUUGCAUUCGAUGCGGCGACUUUAAAAUUAGGCCGAAUGACGAUUCUUGGUCCAAGUUCACCAAACACAGUCCAUGCACUCCCAAGCUGACCUCCCUUAUUCCAUUGCAAGAGUGUUUCUUUACCACGCAUUUAGAGGUGGUGAUAGGAAGUCGGCUCUCGCAAAGAAGAUUUUGUCCUGGAAGUCGAAGGGAUAAGUGCGUCUAUCCAACACUUGCCACGAACGCUCCUGGAGAUCUGAUGAACGACGAGGCGAGAUGGUUAAAAGGGCAUAGAAUCCUAUUAACAAGUCCACCGGUCACCCAUGCCAUCCCUGUACCGGUAUUCCAGGUCGACAUUGAUACUGAUACUUCGAAUGAUCCCGCAAACGCUCGACGCAUCAAAGAUGCAGAGACCAAAG